AUGGAGGUCGAGAACACCACCACACAUGGACAAAAUAAAGAUUUUCUGCUUCCAAAAACAAAGUUUUGGAAAAGAAAGCAGCCACAUGUGGACACAAGUGAGAUUACAGAUCCAGCUGUUGUUGGAUCUGGUUCUAAAUCAGAAAUCAGACGUAUACUAGUUUCUUCACAUCGGUAUACACCCCUGCAGAAAGAGUGGCUGAAAAUGUUCACAAAGCUUGUAGAAAAUCGGAAGUUGAAUGUCAGAUUGGCUGGUAAGGAAACACAGGAAAUUGGUGCUUUGCAGAGAGCUGAAGAUUUUGUCAAAGCCUUUAUUCUAGGAUUUGAUGUUGAAGAUGCUCUCGCCCUUCUACGUUUGGAUCAUCUAUAUCUGGAGAGUUUUGACGUCACAGAUGUGAAACCGCUGAAGUGUGACCACUUGGCUAGAGCUGUUAGCAGGUUGGCUGGCAAGAACGGAAAGACAAAGUUCACAAUAGAAAAUGUGACAACUACCAGGAUCGUUCUUGCAGACAGUAAAAUUCACAUUUUGGGAUCAUAUCAAAACAUUCAGAUAGCAAGGAAAGCCAUUUGUAACCUUAUUCUGGGAAGUGCUCCAAGCAAAGUUAAUGGACAGAUGAGGACAGUCGCACAACGAGCUGCCAGUAGAUUUUGA